AUGAUGACGAACACCCCACACCAGCACCACCACCAGCACCGCAACGGCGGCGCCUCCGACGCGGCCGCGGCGUUGAAGGGCGCGAGCCUCGCCUUCAGCAAGACCAAACCGAAACCCAUCCCGCCGCCGAAACCAUCCUCCUCCUCCUCUGCCCUCGCCCCGCGAACCCUCGACCGCAGCCUCAGCACGAGCCCGAUCCAACGGCAGCACACCGGCGCCAGCGUCGCCACGACGACCACCACCACAUUCGGCAGGGACGGCACGGCGGAGAUGCGGGACCGGUUAUCCUCGUUUCUGGCCUCGAGUCCCUCGGCGGCAUCGCACCUCUCGCCGCACGCGCGCGUGGAUCCGAAGAGCCCGAGUUACAUAGCCGCGGCGCUGGCGGCGUCAAGGAGCGCGUCGCCGAGUCCGCAGCCGCAGGCGAGUCCGUCGGCGUUGACGCCCGCGCAGGUGAAUCAGUUGCAGCAGAUGCGGGAGAGCGCGAGGCGGAGGGGGGAGGAGAGUGAGGACGAGGAUGGCGGGCCUGAUACGACGUCGAUACCGGCUGCGAGGAAUCUUAUUGGGAUGUUUGAGAGGGCGGAGGAGGAUGUCGAUCCGGUGAAGAAGAGCGGGGGGGAUGGGAGGAGGCCUGCGGUUCGGACGAUGACGCCGGAGAGGGAGAUGAGUCCGGCUAGGGCGAGGGCGUCGAGGAUGGAGGAGAGGCCGGCGGGGAAGGGUCCGGUGUUGAAGACGAAGCCUAGGAUGAAGACGAGGCCGGUCACGCCUACGCCUGUUGCGGAGAAGGGCGAGGAGGGAGGGAGGGAGCUGGUGAAGAAACCUGUGCUGAAACCGAAGAAGUUGCGGCCGGUUACGCCUACGCCGGGUGAUGGAGGACCACCGAGAUCUACCAAGCCGGCUGUAUCACCAGCCAAGAAACCCACGCACAAGAGGACGGAGUCGGAGCUGUCGGUCCAGACGAUGAGGCCACCUGCGAAGAGCUUACAGCCUGCUGCUGAAGUCAGGAAGAAACAGUCACCACCGCGUCUGGCGCCGAGCGCCCAGCCGAAAGAACCACCAGCUGCCCCUGAACCGCGACGGUCGCGACCGCAAGCCAAGCAGGCCCCUCCGAGCUCGCCGCCGAUCCGGAGAGCUCAGACAGAGGUUGUCUCGCCCGAACCGAGACGACCGGCUUCGAAAGCCAGAGUGCAACCGCCGACGCCCCCGCAGCCCCGCGGCACUGCUGCAAAGUCAAGAGACCCGGACGGCCCGAAGCUGGUCAAGCCGAAAAGCAUGGCAUCCGUCUAUUCCCAAGCUCCCCUCCAAGAACCGUUCCUCCCACGCACCGAGAUCGCUCGGCCUUCCACUGCCGAUACGAGUUCAUCCAACGAUACCUUCGUGUCCGCCUCCUCCGGCCUGACGGCGGUGCCGGACCACACCCCGGCCAGGCCGCCCACCCGCCAGACGCCCUCCGCGCUCAGCACGCCCGGCCGCUCCUCCGUGAACAGCUCGCCCACCCGCACCACGCCCCGCCGCACCCCGGCCUCCUCGACCGCCAGCCUGCCGCUGAACUCCCUCUCCAACGCCAUCAUGGCCGGCUCCCUCGCCGCGGCCCGCCUCACCCCCUCCAACACGGGCAACUCGACCCUCUCCCCGCCUCCCGCCCUCCCCAGCCGUACCAAGUCGCCCCGCCUGCGCCAGACCCUGCGCCAACCGCCGUCGAAAUCGGACGACGACGAGGACGACAAGAUGCGCAGGAAGAGACACCAGCGCGCCAGCAACAAACACUCCCACGCCGAGGGCGCCCGGCGCCGCUGGCGCGACGAGAUCUCGCUCCGCGAACGCCGCCGGUACGAGGCCGUGUGGGCGAGCAACCGCGGGGCGUUGGUCUCGCUACUACAUCAUCAAGUGGACGUGCCGCCGGACGCGGCGGACUGCGUCGUCAACGUGGUGGCGCGCGAGAUCUGGCGCCGCUCGCGGUUACCACCCGAAGAACUCGCCGAGGUCUGGGACCUGGUGGACCGCGGGGGGCGCGGGAUGCUGGGGAAGCAGGAGUUCGUGGUCGGCAUGUGGCUGGUCGACCAGAGGCUCCGGGGGAGGAAGAUACCGAGGCGGGUCGGGGCCAGCGUGUGGGAUUCCGCGCAGGGGGUGAAGGUGCUUGAGCCGAGGAAGAAGUGA